AUGCUGGCACUCGCCGACGUCCUCUUUCUGCUGUGUGCGACGGCCGCCGUUGCCCUCGCCAAUGGCCUCUACCGCCUCCGUCGACGCCAGCAGGCGCAGGCAUCGGCAGCCACGAAGCAGGCCGUCGACCCGCUCGCGUUCUUUGCCAGCCCCGAGCCGUGCACGUCGGUGACGCCAGACAACCUGGCCACCUACCCGGGCGCGAGGGACCACAUCUACGUCAACCGCGUCCUGCGCCACCCGUACCACCAGGUGAUGGGCCACCAGCCCAUGCAGUCCAACGACUGGAUCGAGGUGGACGCCAACUACGUCGGGGAUCUGCGCAAGAAGGCAGAGCUCAUCGCGACGCAGGGCAAGGUCGUGCUGGACGUCGUCGACGAUGCCGCCGUCCGGCUCGGGUGCCAGGAGCUGAUGGAGCACGUCAGCAGCUGGCUCACCGUCCGCUACCCGGCGCUGUUUCAGUGGGCCGAUGGGGGCAAGCGGGCCAUCCACAACCUCGUCACCGGCCUCACCCUGGACCUCUACCACGGGCACUUUAGCAGGAAGGCCAGCCACAAAGAGGGAGGCCAUGGCACGCUCAAAGACGGCGCCGACGCCCUGCUCGUCGUCAGCCAGCUCGUCCAGGACGACUUUCUGAUUGGUUCGCCGCUGCCCGACGGCCACUGGCUCUGUGCGGGCGGCAUCGUUGCGUUCCCCGGCUUCUACCUGCUCUCGGACAAGAUCGGGACGACGCUGAUGCAGACCCACGACCCCGUGCCGCAGUUCAACGAGAAGCUGCUGUUUUCUGUAGAGCGCACCCUGACGCGCCUCGAGCCGACAAAGCCCAUCGAGCGGACGUCGUGGGAGAUCGUCGACUCGGAGGAGGACCAGUUCUGGGUGCCGAUGGCGGGGCCCCUGCCCACGGGCUCGGGCGCCAAGCCCACGGCGCCGCACCACCUCACGGGCCGCGCCGAGGAUGCGAGCGCGACCGAGGACGCCUCGCAGCUCGUGCUGCGGCUCGACCACCAGACAUUUGUCAAGAUGCCCAAGAGCCGCAUCGUCUUUUUUGGUGUGCAUCCGUUCCGGCGGCGGCUGGAGCAGCUGCGCGGCAGCCCGCUGCUCCCGCGCCUCCUCCUCGACAUCCACGAGCAUGCGCCGGCAGACCUGAUGAAGUACAAGGGCGCGCCGCUGUACCAGGCCAGCGUCCUGCCAUUUCUCCGCACGCUGGACCAGUGGCAGCGCGACCACGGGCUCGUGCAGGGGGGCGAGCGCAGCCAGGACUUUAGGCUGUACAAGGGCAAUCAUCUCUAG